GCGCUUCCAUGACGCAACCCACGGGGCGAGGGAAGAUGGCAGCGCGGUUGAGGGGUUUAGUUUGGGCCAGCCGGCCGCUGCUGCCGGUGGUCCAAACUUGGGACCUCCACGCGCGGCGCUGGGUCCGGGCGCUGCGGCGGAGCCCCGUGAGAGUGGUGUCUCCAUCCGGACAGGUGGUGGAACGGAAGCCCGGUCCUGGGAAGCAGCCCCGUAGAGCGGCGACUGAGACCGGUCCCCACGAGCCGCGACGGAAGCCGUCGCUUCAGGUGCCUCCAUCCCAGAAGCCCUACACCUGGGAAGAUUCGGGGCUUCGCUAUGAUAAGGCUUUACCCGGAGACAGAAGGCUGAGCAGUGUAAUGACAAUUGUUAAGUCCAGGCCAUUUCGGGAAAAGCACGGGAAGAUCCUGCUGGAAGGUCGCAGGCUGAUUGCAGAUGCUCUCAAGGCUGGUGCUGUACCGAAAAUUUUCUUCUUUAGCCGUCUGGAAUACCUAAAGGAGCUGCCCAUUGAUAAGCUGAAAGGUGUCAGCCUCAUUAAGGUGAAAUUUGAAGAUAUCAAGGAUUGGUCCGACCUAGUAACACCACAAGGAAUAAUGGGGAUCUUUGCCAAACCUGACCAUGUUAAGAUGACAUACCCAGAGACUCAACUUCGCCAUUUGCUGCCCUUAUUGUUGAUUUGUGACAAUCUCCGUGACCCUGGGAACCUGGGGACGAUUCUGAGAUCUGCUGCUGGGGCAGGCUGCAGCAAAGUAUUACUCACCAAAGGCUGUGUGGAUGCCUGGGAACCCAAAGUGCUACGGGCAGCGAUGGGUGCGCAUUUCCAGGUGCCCAUCAUCAAUAAUCUGGACUGGGAAACGUUGCCCAACUACCUGCCCACCGACACCCGGGUCUACGUGGCUGACAACUGUGGCCUUUAUGCCCAGGCGCACAUGUCUAAUAAAGCCAGUGAUUACGGCUGGGUAUGUGACCAACAACUCUCGAAGUUACACAAGUAUGAGGAGGAGGAGGAGGAUCUAGAACCUGGAGCCAGUAAAGCCUGGCUCCCUGAAGUUGAGGUCCAAAGUUAUGACUUGGACUGGACAGAGGCACCAGCAGCUGUGGUAAUAGGCGGGGAGACCCAUGGUGUGAGCCUGGAGUCCCUGCAGUUGGCCGAGAGCACUGGGGGCAAGAGGCUGCUGAUUCCUGUUGUGCCUGGUGUGGACAGCCUAAACUCGGCUAUGGCUGCAAGCAUCCUGCUUUUUGAAGGGAAAAGACAACUGCGGGUCAGGGCGGAACACGUGAGCAGGGACAGGAGUUACCACUGAGAGGGAUCUUGGAAGUCAGUCCUUGAUUUGAGGUGGUUCCCAGCUCCUCCUGCAUUGUUAGGAGAUAGGCAGAAUAUGGUAACCAGGCCAUAUUCAGGAGGCAAGAGGUGGGCAAGAUGCCAUUAUAUGAUUACUGGAAAAAUAAGAAUUUCCAUGAAUUUAUGCUUAUCUUCAAAAGUAACAAGGGUGAGAAUUCUUCCUGAGAUCUCCCCCAGCUCCGGAGCCGAACUUCCUCUCGAGAGAGCCCGGAGAGCAAGCAUGACUCAUGCCCCAAGUGGUGGCAGAGUGGAAUUGCUUUAUGUUUAAGGGGAGGGGUUUUUGCAGGAACAAUCUCUGGUUGGCUGUGCUCUCCCAGGCUGGUGCCCCACUUUGGUCUGGGCCUGGCCAGGGUCACACACAAAUGUCUGAUGCAAGUGGCCCACAGAUUGUGCUUGAGACCCUCAAUGCCCCGUCAGCUUUUAGAAGGUAGAAGAGCCCACAGCCUUCAUACAGGGCUGAACCCACAAAGGCUCGUCCUCCAGCUUCACAGAGGCCAUGAUGCCUGUCACACCAGCAGGCUAGAUCUGGGAGGCAGCUCAGUACUCCUGGAGUGUGUUGGCAUUUGUUCUGUCAACACCUUGGAAAAGUGCUAAGAAAACGAGGUCACUAAAGGAUGAAGCCAGUGUCCUGCAGCUUUGUCCCUGGAUUAUUGUUCCUGCUGAUUUUUGUUACAAAAUAAAGAUCAAUGACCGAACAACAAACCCUAUGCCUUGUUACUGUUAAGAAAAACAAAACAAGGCAAAACAGUAUACCUGGCACAUAAUUCCAAGUCUACUUUAUCACACUGGGUGAAAGAAGGAAAAGAAAUUUACGUCCCAUUCACUUCAUAGUCAAUGGCUUAUAUGCCAUGCCUUGUGAGUUCUUUUUGCACAUUUGUGGAUAUAAUUUAGCAAAGAGGGCAAAUUUUCCUUUCUUUAAAAUGACUACAGGGGAAGCAACCAGUGAUGAGGCUCUGGUUUGUUGAAUGAUCGUGGAAAGUCACUUUCUCAAAUUCUUUGCAAUUUUAAGGCCAACAUUUGUUUUUUUGCCAUUUCCCCGGAAAAUAAGAAUUAAAGAAGGAGCAGUAUAGGACAGUACACUACACUGGCUGGAAGAGAAGCUGUCAGAUGGUUGGCAGAGCGGCCCCUUGACUUUGUGUUGAGUGGAGCGCCAUUGAUGGUUUCUGCCACAAGGUGGCAGCCGCACUUUGAAACCUCUCCCAACCCUGAAGGGAGGGAUUUAAGUUAUUGAGAACGGAUGGAGUGAGUCUCUGCACAGAGGGCAUUUUGCAGGACAUUUGUGCUCAGAGGUGCUGAAGUUGGAGACCCAUCCAGAUUCUCAUUCUCAGCAGAAUCUGAAGCAUAGAUGGACACUGGACCAAAAAACUAAGGGGGAAGUGGACAGAAGUGGGAGGCGGUUGCCGAGGGAAAAACCAGCAUAACUUUUUCCUUUGAAUGGAACCUCUGGGAAAGUAGCUCUGGACAAAUGUUGAUGUCCCCAUACGCCUGGAACUCACGCUGGGAAGCCUCACCCUGGUUUGCAGCUUCAGGGCAGGGAGAGCUGCAGAGUCCUCUUCCCUUCCCCCAGCUCGAGGUGAAGAUCCUGUCAUUAAGACUCAGAGGAUGGAUGAGCAGACCUCUGGGGACUGGUUUCCACCAGUUUCACCUGUGACCUCCUACUACUUGCCCCAUGGAUCAUCGAAACACCAGAUGUCCCCUUCUAAGCUGAGCUGCUUUUAUUUAUUUACUUAACGUUUUUGUUUUUGAGAGAGACAAAGUGUGAUGGUGAAGCAGGGGUGGGCAGAGACAGAGAUAGACACAGAAUUGGAAGCAGGCUCCAGGCUCCGAGCUGUCAGCACAGAGCCCAAUGUGAGGCUCGAACCCACGAACCAUGAGAUCAUGACCUGAGCCCAAGUUGGAGGCUUAACCGACCGAGCCACCCAGGUGCCCCAAGCUGAGCUGCUUUUACCUCCACUUUUGCCAUUUUGCCACACGAACACCCCAGAAACAGCACCACACCAAGGGUUCUGUGGCUAGUGCUGAAAACCAGCUGUGCUGCAGGGCCUGGGUGUUCCCUGGGCCAAGCCCUCCCCACCCCCACUCACUUAAAAAAAAAUUCUUUUUUAGGUAACACUCACAUAGACAUCUUUAAACUCCAAUGACUUUCUUCAGUGAAUGCACAAAAGUAGCAAGCUGGAAGUCAAAUGAAUGGAUGAGCUGUUUAUUGCUGUGGGCGACUUAAAGUCUGAACUAGCUUGCCACGUAUGUCUGCAGCUGAGACAGCUUGCAAGCCGGGCCCUCCAGAGCCGCGGCCAACACCCAGAGGCCAAGUAUGACUGAAAGUCUGAAUACGCUACAGAAGGCAUCGGUUCUCUUAACUACGUUUGUUUUCUAGGGGAGCCACCUUCUUCAGCUAAGGCAUCAUAGUCGGAGGGCCAUCCGCAAAGCUGCUGCUGCUGCACAAUGCAAGAAGGGAACAAAGGUUGGGGACGAGAUGUGGCCGUGACAGGGUCUGGCCUCCCAGCCUCCCUCUUACCUCUGUGAUGGGAAGAGGUGGUGCAACUGACUGCAGACCGGCAGAGGGACUUACUUCCACGUCCUGUGAUGUCCGAAGGAGAUUUCUUUUUUAGCCCUGCGUCCUAAGAUCAUGCCCCCUCUUGUAUCCUUGUGCUUACCUGUGUUGGGUGACUGACCUGUGUGAAGCAUGAACACCCAGGAACCUAGACUUGAGGCUGCCUGCCUCCUUUGGGCUGCACAGUCACCUACAGGCUUGGGGAGAGACCUUCAUGAGUUAGCACGUUAUUUAAUAGAAAUCCAGCAGUCCUUCAGAACAACUCCUACCCAAAUCCGGUUACACAUCUCCUAGCCUGGGAAGUAUUGCAAGAGUCCAAGGGGCUGUGGAUACACAGUAUGCCUUAAAUGAAGCAGAUUUUCUUCAUGCUUUCACAUUUGAGGCACGCCUAGGACAUCCUAACGUUGUAUUUCCCCCAUUGGAAGGAGAAAUCGCAGCCAUAAAGUGGACCCAAUGUAACAUUUUCCUACAAACAGCCUUGGUUCCUGGAAACCACGUCCCUUGCGUUAUUUACUAACACUGGAUAAUCAGGAACGAAGCUAACAGAUGACAGCCAUUUGUCAACAGAGGAUUUUCUUUUGAGCAGCCUGCUUGGAAGAAGGCCAUGGCGACUCUUGCCCGCUGGGUGUUCACAAAGAGGGAUACAGGUUCAGUGCUCGCUUCUUCAACACCGCCGCUUCAGGGAACUUGACAGACCCUGAGCUCUGGGCCUCUGGGUCAGUCCUCUGUUCACAUGGCACCACCCAAAGAGGCCACAGAGGGCACUGCUGAAGUUCCCUACCGGCCACACGCAGCCGUGCCCAGUCCCAUCGGGCGAAUGUGGGCCUGUUCCUCCUGGUCCAGGGAAAUGACUUAUGAACAGGAUGUCCCCAUGCCUGAGCCUGUGUGACUGAAGGGCGCUGGGCCAGCUGCCUGCUCACAUCCCUCCCGGAGCUACGAUUCCAAGUCUACAUGCGUGCGCACACGUGUGGUGUUCUCCCUGAGCGGACACUGCGAUACGUUAUUAGGUUCUGCUGAUCUAUUCUUGGACCGUGUUCUAUGUCUAGAUCAUUGCAGAACUCCAUUUGCUACCCUGGAACAAGGCAGCAGGCGGAGAGAACAGCUUUUUAGUGUCUUUAAUUAGGCAAGAGGCAAAAACAAAGUCUGGCUGAAAAUUACCACUUGAAGUUUGGCUGAUGCCAAAACAGUUCUGGCUCCCUGUGCUUGGGUAAGUGAGAGCCAUUGAAUUUGAGGACAUACUUGGAGAUGGGGGGAAGCUUCUGGAAAGGAACUUCAGUUGCCUUCUGGCAUUUACCGCUGCCCACCGUACAUCCCGAUUCCAAACACAUACCCUUUUUCUUCACCAGAUCUUUAUUGUUGGGGACAGAUAAAAAAAUCUCAUCUGUUGUGAACAUGAGUAGAGUCGGAUCUGGAAGUCAUUGUGGUGAGCACAGAAUCCGGAACCCCAGGGUGGCAUUUUUACAGCCACCUUCCUGCCUCAACCUACUGGGGCCUGGUUUCCCUUGCUGCUGAUGGAAGCCAUUGAAUAUAUCACAGCUGGGGUUUUAACCUGCUUCCAAUUAGUGACAAGAAUUAAGGUAUUUUGGAGCUGCUUAAGCAGCAGCAUCAAGAACCUUUGCAUCAAGAACCUUUAAGAUCUCAUGCUACUGAAACGGGUUUUUACUGGCACUGGGAAGUGGUCCUCCCCCACCAUUUCUCCUCAAAGCUGCCACUAGAUAAACCUAAAGCUUUUUUUUAGUAAACCUUCCCAGUGACCUUAACCUACACACCCACUCUAAAAGGGGAAUUCUGGUGCCAAGGAUCCAAUUGACCUUAGUGGCAAGUAGUUCUGUCAGCCCCGUACAGGUCACAGAAGAAUCACAGAUGACCUGAUUUUUCUGCCGCGUGACUUACAGGGACUCCUACCUGGACUUUGUUCCUUCUGUGCCAGAAGAUAAGUAGUUGCUAAGAGAGACCACUUUUCCUCCAAGGCUAUCAUGAUAUAGGACACAGGCAGAAGUCCAAAGAAAUCCAUCUUCCAAGUAAGGUUGACCUCACCUUGUCCCCACACCCACCACACUCCCAAGAGCUGGCAGGCCUGGCAGUGGGGCAUGUGUGGCGACAACCUCAAGUACAGCACCAAGUUCCUGAGCAACUUCCUGGGGCCCAAGAGAGAAAGCAAAAACCUGAGGGCACAGGCAGAUGCUCACGACACCCACGUGGGCAUCAAGGUGAGCACAUUGCCGGGAGGCCCGAAGCCCUGCCCCAGUCAGGGUGCAGGACCAAGGAGCAAGGUCUGUAGGAGUCCAGCAUCUGCCGUGCCCCUCAGCACACACACAGCUAUCCCAUGAGAAACCUCAUGCCUUCAGCCAGCACACCAGUACCAAGUACCAGGAAGUACGAAGGGUCCUGGGCAGCAUGGCAGGCUAAGCAGCAGGUAGGAGCCAGGCUUGGGAUGCAGCCAUGAUGAGGCAGAAACAUGUUUGGAGAGGGAUCUCCAUUCCAGGGACUGUCCUUCCCGGACAUCCUAGAAGACAACGUAGUUUGAGAACUUUGAUAUGGUGCAACACCUUGUCCCCACACCCACCACACUCCCAGAGGAGACACUGGCAACGUUCCCAGAGAAGCCCCUCCACCCAGCAUAGAGCUAGGGUUGAGGGUCUCCAACUGUUGCCCGUUCUUCACUGGGAGACCUGUGUGGGAUUCCUUGUUUCUGCAACCGGCCUCCUCAGGCUUCAGAGCACUUGUUCCCCUAUGGGGAGGGGAUGAGCACCAGUGUCCACAAGAAUGCCUGUGAGUGGAGAAUCCGCCCUCCACGAGGGCAAGUGGAACCAGGAGAGAUGCCAGCCAGAGCUCCAGCAGGGAUGUCGGAUGCACUAACCCAAAGGAGCUCCCUGGCCUCAGAAGGAUCCGGCAGAUGACCACGUUAGUUAGUUUCUGCUCUGAAAAAUUCUGAAACAUAGCUACUAGGUAUCCAAUGAAAGUCAAGAAGAUCUUGUGUGUCUCCCCCCCACCCCCGAGCCCCCAGGGCCCAGCACCACAAGCAAAAAGAUUUUUGUUAUUAACCACAGGAAAGGCCAAGUCGAUAAUGUCCAGAGAUGCCUGCUUUAUUUCUUACUAGGUGAUUGCAUUUCAGGCUGUGACAUCAAGUAACUGUCUAAUUACCAGCUAACCUUGUACCUCUGAACUACAAAGCAACAGUCCAAUUCAGCAAGGGGCAAUGGUGUCAAUAGCUGACCGGGGGCUGGAUUUUCUAAAUCAGUGGUCUUGGCUGACAGAAUGCUGUCAGCGGAGACAAGGGUGAGGCCUGCCAUCAGGUGGAAGACCCUAACACCUGGUUGAGAUAGGCCCAAAUCCUGUGACUCCCUAGGUAAAGCCCCCACCCCAAGUCCCAAGGACACAGCAGUUGUUACUUUUGUUUUCUGGGAUCCAAGCUACCUGAGCUUGCUCAGCAAAGUGGAUCCAAAGCGUACUUUUAGUUGACAUGCCCUCUGCUCGCACUGCCACCCUAGGAUACAGCUCUUUCUGCAGGUUCUUAGGGAGAAAGCUAGGCUUCUGGUAAUUUCUUGUCUCUUUUUAGUUCUGCUUUGAAAAGAAAAGAGGGAUGACAGAGGUAACCAAAGGUGGUCACAGGCACCGCGGCAGAGUGGGCCGAGUGUCAGAGGUCUGUGCUGGGUGAGGUGGGGCACCUCCAAGAACACAGGGCUGGGUGCCUCUUCUCGGGAAGAUGUCCAAGGGGAAGAAUUAACAAAAUUCCAAGACAGUAGAGGCUGUUUGUACAAGAAGGCAGAAACUUGGAGAAGGUAAGAUCAAGGAAAAAAGAUCUAAGGAAAAAAUCACAUGGUAGGAGCUCAGAGUAAGCAAUUACUACAUGAAUCAUUACCAUAGCUACUCUUUCUCACCAGAAAAGAACACAAGCUUCCUUUGAGAUCGUGAAAUCCCCGGCCCAAGAACCGACUGCCAAGCUGGUGUUUUUCCCUCACACCAAGAGGGAGAGUCACUAGACGAAGUCAUUUAGGAAGGGAUGUUCUCACCAGCAGCUCUAACCUGAGGCGAGCAAGGCUGCGGCCCUUUCCCUGCUCCACCUGCAUGUACGUGUGUCACUGAGCUGUCCUGGGCCCUGCGUGUGCAUGCUGACACCAGAGGCCGAGCCAGAGCACCAGCGCACUGUCCCUUCACGCUCGCUCGGCAGAAGAAUGCCUGGCAAACACUGCUUCCAGAGCUAGUGACUGAGAGUGUGAUGCAGUCCUGGCUCUGGCCGGGUUAUGCCAGCCCCGUGAAUCCCAGGCUGAGUCUCCAAACAUGGUGGGUUCUUCUGCUGCUGAGAGGAUGUGCACCUUAGGGUGCUAGCUGAGGAGUUAAUGCAGAAAACAAGGCACCACAGAGAGGUUGGACACUUGGGUUGUGUGAUUCAGGACACGCCGGAAAAGUCCAAGGGUGGAGGGAAGAAAGGGGAGGAGGAAGAGGAGAAGACCGAGUUUUAAAUAACGUCUCCUGAGGCCGGAGCCCCACUAGAUGGGCUCUGGUUUGAGCUUUUCUGCUAGGAAGUCAUUCACAAAGGCCUCCACAAUGGCAGGGGUGAUCUCCUCCACAUCCAUCACGUACUUGGCCCGGGCUGACAUGUCCAGAAUGGUGAGCAAAGGGGCCGCCUCGGGCAGGUUGGUGUAGUCUCGCAGGGAGUCAGUCAUGUCAUCCUGGAAGUCACCAGAGGGAGAGAAAACAGUACGUUUUCAAGAAGGAGGCUAGAGAGUCCCCAGAACGCAGCCACUCCAUUGUCCUGAGGAGCGGGCGGCCGUCCAGAAACGAUGGGCUCUCAGAACAGGGAGCAGUGGACUCUGCCCUGCCUGGGGGAGGGGAGGGUGCUUUGUAAAGUCCUCUCUGCAUCUCCCCAAACCACCAGAGAAGUCCUCUUUCUUCAUUAGCACAAAAGCAACUUUAACAUGCCCUCUGCUUUGUAAAAAUGUGAUGUCUUCUGAUCACUUACUUUUGCAACUGCCUCUCAAUUAUUGGCGGCCCCACUAUGGAUAUCUGAGGCCAACCUGGCCAACCUUCAACUCCGGAACGUCUUUAACGGAAACAGAUCACUGUCCCCACCCCACCCUUAAGGUUUUGGGGGUGAAACUGCACAGCCAGUAGAAAAGACAGGGCUACUGCAGUACUUCCUGAGGCUUACAUGGGUGGCUGCAUUUAUCAUACAUUCCCAGUGACUGUCCAGAUGAAUUUGCCUUAUUAAGUAGAACGGCAAACCCAGAAACCCAAAGAUAGGAGACAGACCUGUAAGGGAGCAACCAUUUGAGAUUACCUUUCGUGCACCCGACCCCCAUUUGGUAGAGAACAGGAAAUGGACUCUACACAGCCACCCCGACCCAAGUCACCCUGCAGAGGAAGGGCCUGGGGUAUUCCUGGCCUUAAACGCUGGCAAAUAGGAGGUAUGAGAUGUACUGCUCACUGGUUUCUGAGACAAAAAAACAAAAACAAAAACAAAAAC